AUCACAACCAUCUUCACGUACCCCAAGUUUGAACUUCGAAGAACCACCGCAGAGGCACUCAUAAGCAAUACUCAAUUCCCAGACAGGUCAUUCCUUUCCCAAGUUCCCAAGACGAUUUGAAAACACAACCACAGUAGCAGCAACACCUACACCUCUCUUCUCUCGCCUCGACAAGGUCAUCGGUCAUCAUGGCUACAAUUCCUACACCCGUCCUCUCUGGCAAAGUCGCCCUCAUCACGGGCGGCAGCAAAGGCAUCGGUGCUUGCGUCGCUGCUUCCCUCGCCCGCCUGGGGGCCAAAGUCGUCAUCAACUACGGCCGCGACACUGCCGCCGCCGAAGCCAUGGUGUCCGACAAACUCGGGGGCUCCGACAACGCCGUGGCGGUCCAGGCCGACGCCGGCAGCGUGGCAGGUGUCGAGUCGUUGGUCAAGGCCACCGUGGACCGGUUCGGGAAGAUCGACAUCCUGAUCCCCAACGCGGGAGUCUUACAGAUGAAGACGGUCUCCGCCACGACCGAGGCCGAUUUCGACCUUUCGUUCACCCUCAACGUCAAGGGUCCCUACUUUCUGGUCCAAAAGGCCAUCCCUCACAUGUCGUCCGGUAGCAGCAUCGUCCUCAUCUCGACCACCCAAAACUUCGCCUCGACCGUCUCCCCCCCGUACACCCUGUACUGCGCCACGAAGGGGGCCAUCGACCAGAUGGGUCGCACCAUGAGUAAAGACCUACAGGCCACCAAGGGGAUCAACGUCAACGUCGUCUCACCAGGUCCGACGGGGACGGACCUGUUUUAUCAGGGCAAAUCAGAACAAAUCCUCAAGAUGAUCGCGAGCUUGAACCCGCAAAACCGCAUCGGUACUCCCGAAGAGGUCGCCGAGGCGAUCGUCUUCUUGUGCCGUCCGGAGGCGAGAUGGAUCACCGGUCAAAACAUCAGGGUGAACGGUGGCCAGGCAUGAUACAAAAUUGGACUACUCUCCGUACGACUUCCAGCUAGUUAGAUACCUAGGUAGAUUGC